AUGGAGGGAGGGAGGAAUCCUCGUAUCUGGCUGUUUCAAAAUGGUGCUGUUCACGGCCUCACUUUCUCCAAUUUCCAUCUGAUGAUCUCCCAGAGGCAGGCAGACACCAACAGCCAGGACCAAGACGCCCCCCGUCUAGCCGUUUUGCCAGACCUGAGGCAUCGCUCGGCUUGGCAUGGUGCUUGGUGGGCUUGGAGUGGGUUCUCUCUAGCGGGACACCCUUCUGAAAGCUCCCACAUUCCGAGACACCCAUGUGCCAGUGGGCGCAUCGUCAUCGACCUGCAGCGGAUCCGCACCACCAGCCGCCAACCGCGGUCAUGGACCCGCUAUCGGCUCGGCUUGCCUCUUCAUGAAUCCACCAUAGAAAGGGAUAAACAUUGA